UAAAAUAAUCAAUUAUUAAAAGUGGUAAAGAGACCAUGAUCCGUAUUUCAAGUGAUUUCCAUCAUUGUCAAAGCUGCAUAAAACCAUUUUUAAAAAUUAGAUAAAACUGAAAAUUAUCAAUUUUUAGAAAAAUAUAUCUUCGUCAUUUUUGUCCUUACGAUGGUCACAGGGUAACGUUGUGAAUCGUGUACGCAACCACUAUUAAUUGUACAGUUCAUUGGAAACAGUAUUAAAACCUUUAUCCUCCCCUCUUCCUCCGGUUUGUAAAAUAUGUAUAACUCUGAAUUUGCUUUUUUGGAAUUCCUGUGAUCAAUAUAUUUAUUUUGUUACAGAAUAUAAGAUGUCCCUCGCACUUGCCUGCUCUGCCCGCCAGCUGCUGGCCCCCAGCUGCGCCAGAUUCAGCGCCUUACAGGCCAGGAGUAUGGCAAUGAUGAAACCUAUGACCCCGGAGGAGCACUCUGUGUCACGAACUGAGUUCUGGGAGAAGAAUAAGAACCUGGGUCGUCCUAUCUCGCCCCAUCUCACUAUCUACAAGUUCCAGUUGACCAGCAUACUCUCCAUCACACACAGGUACAGGGUGUCCUACGGACAGAACAAUUCAUUUUUAGGAACCUUCCCUGUCUGGCUGAACACUGUUCAGGAACUGCACUUUGCUGCUCCUCUCCUUCUAGCUGCUAAGUUUGCGCUAGCCUGGCCGGUCACCUUCCACCUGUUCAACGGUAUGCGGCAUCUAGCCUGGGACAUGGGACACGGAUUCAAGAUCCCAGAUCUAUACAAGACCGGAUACACAGUUCUAGGCUUAUCCGUCCUCACCGCGCUCAUGCUGGCAGCUCUGUAAACAACAUGGAGCCGCUAACUUAUGAAUCCUGGAGUUUAACCAUAUAUUUAUUCCCGCAGACUGAAUUAAUGAAUUGAAUGAAUUAUUUCCACAACUCGUGCUUGGUAUAAGACCAAAUAAAUUCUGUAAAUAUUAAAUAAAAUAUUGAAAUUUUAAAUUUCAUUAUUUAUAAAAAUUAUUUUUCUUUCAGAUAGGAAUGUUAAAAUGUGAAAAACAGUGCUUAGCGGUCCGUUUCAGUUUGAUGCGGACCCGGAUCCUGGAUCCGCCCUGAAAAAUAAUGUAUCCGGAUCUGGUUCCAAAACCGGAUCUGUGCCUGAGUUCAUGUCUUCAAGAUUUACUGAUUUUAUUUAACAAUUAUAAAAUUUCAACAUUUA